AUCACCAUGACAAAGUUUCGCACCGUCUUUCUUUCUUCUCAAAUAUUCCAAACCAGAACCCAAAACCAACGCAACUGCAAACCCUAACGAUCAAAUUCCUCUGAAUUCCACAAUUUCAGAUUCAAAUUGACCAACACCCAUCCCAUUUUGAUGGCAUAAGAACCCUCUCCAAUCCAAACAUUUCCACUACAUUCCAUAAUUUUUCAAGAUCCCCCCCCAAUAUGUCAUCCCCAACCCCUUUAGUUACCCAUCGGUCCUCCUCCGAUGACAUCAUUGAUACCACGCCGUUUCUCUCUUCCCCCAAUAGCGACUUGCGUGAGGACCCCAACAACGCCGCUUCUCGCCGAUCUGUCCGGCGCCAGAGUCUGAGGGAGGCCGCGCGGUUUUUGCGGCGGGCCAGCAGCCGUCGGAUGAUGCGGGAGCCGUCCAUGCUCGUGCGCGAGACUGCUGCGGAGCAGCUCGAGGAGCGCCAGAGCGACUGGGCGUACUCGAAGCCUGUUGUGAUUCUCGAUAUCCUAUGGAACUUUGCUUUCGUGGCGGUGGCUUCUGGGGUUCUGGUUCUUAGCACGAAUGAGCACCCGAGUAUGCCGCUUCGGGUUUGGGUAAUGGGGUAUGCGUUGCAGUGUCUGUUGCAUAUGGUAUGUGUUUGUGUGGAGUAUAGGAGGAGGAGACGACGUGUUGAUUAUCGGCCGUUCAAUUCUGGGGAGGAAGGCGGCUUGAGCCCCAGUUCGAGGGGGGAUUCUGAGCAGUACGUGACAUUGGCGCAUCUGGAAGAGGACAGUGGGAGCAUUUCUGGCGGCAUUGCAAAGCAUCUGGAGUCUGCAAACACAAUGUUUUCGUUCAUCUGGUGGAUCAUUGGAUUCUACUGGGUAUCUGCAGGCGGCCAAAAUUUGGCGCAAGGCUCCCCUCGGCUUUAUUGGCUGUGUAUAAUAUUUCUUGGGUUUGAUGUCUUCUUUGUUGUUUUCUGUGUUGCAUUGGCAUGCAUUAUUGGCAUUGCUGUUUGCUGCUGUCUUCCAUGUAUUAUUGCCAUACUGUAUGCUGUGGCAGAUCAGGUAGCUGCUGUAUUUAAUAUGUGUAUGGGUGUGCACUAUUGUGAAAUUUUUGUUCUCAUCUUGAUUGCAUGCAAGUAAUUUGUGACUUAGUGUGCAUAAGGUCCUAGGGUAAGACCUAAUUAUUGUUGAUCUAAAAACUGAAACCAGACACUGAUGCUGUCUGCUAACUGACAUUGUGGACUAAAGGAGACUUUUCCAAAAUUGUCAAGUCUUUCAUUUUUUUUUUAAUAUUCUAGAUGUUAUAAUGGUGUAUUGUUAGAAUGUUCAAUUUUGGACUAGUAAUGGAGAGCUCCUAGAUUGUUAUGUAAUUUUACUGAUUAUGUAGCUUUCUCUUACAUAUAUAUUGUUUAUGGCCUGUGAAAGCAGGAAGGAGCAUCCAAGGAGGAUAUUGAUCAGCUAUCAAAAUUUAAAUUUCGAAAGACUAGUGAUGAUGAGAAAAUCACUGGCAAUGUUCAGGGACCUCUUGGGGGUAUAAUGACUGAAUGCGGUACAGAUUCCCCCAUUGAACAUGUACUUUCACAGGAAGAUGCAGAAUGUUGCAUCUGCCUUUCUGCAUAUGAUGAUGGAGUCGAGUUAAGAGAACUUCCUUGUGGUCAUCACUUUCACUGUGCCUGUGUAGAUAAAUGGCUGUACAUCAAUGCUACCUGCCCUCUUUGCAAGUAUGACAUCUUAAAGAUUAGUAGCCAUGAAGAAGUUUAAGAGAUUUCAAUUGUUCAUUGGCAUGACCCCAGCACUGCAGUCGCUAAAAUGCACAAGAUGUCAUAGAAUCGACUCAGGGUAUUCUUCUUCUUUUUUUUUUUUACCUGUGGUGUAGCGGUGACAAUGCUGUUGUGCUUGUGUUAGCUCUGGCCUUCAAUCCCGUUCCUUAUGUAAAUUGGUUUUGCCCAGGGCAUAUCAGCACUAAACAGGGUUGUAUCUUUCCCCCCCUUUUUACUUCAUCAUCUGUUCUUAGGAAAAAAGGAACGAGAGAGAAGUCGAAGCCUUCUACUUAACCGGGAAUUAAGCGUGUUAUGUGGAUCCUUAUUGAAGUGAGGUUUUUUUAUGCUUUAAGUUUACGACCCUAAUAAAUGCAUUUUCAUGAAUGUUUUAAUCUGGUAUUAAAAUUAUUAAAUUAUU